GGGUGUGUAAUAAAAGAAGCAUUUUUAUUUCUGUUAACUUUACUAACAUUGGUAAGUAGGUAGUUAGAUCAUUGACUUGGAUUCACAGACGAGGUAAGUAUGCGAGUGUAUAUAUAUACUUCGUAUGAAAAUGUAUGCCAUCUAGCGUAAAGAAGGAGUAUUCAAAAUAUAUAUUUUUACGAAGUGGAAUGAAAAAGAUGUCAGAUACAGGGAAUUACUAUGUGCUGAUUUGGACGUAAAGAGGAUAUUUCAUAUCUUAUUAUUUUUGGAACGAAAUAUUUUGGAUCAAAAUAACGUUUUGUAUAUAUUAUUUAUACAUUAUACGAUAUUAGAAUUCAAGCUGUUCUCGGUUAUUGCACUAACCUCGAGAUCCUUGUUAAUCAGCUGUGUUGCUGAUAUGAUAUUAUUGACAUUCUGUUAAAGUCAAUACUAGUACAUACUAUAUUUGUUAUUUGAAAAAACAAUGAAUUCUUCGCUCAAUAAGCAAUGACGAAAGCUGGUUUACCAAGUUGAAGGUGGUUGUACUAUGCAUUAAAAAAGCUAUACUUUCUCUUUUGUAUAAUUAUAGAGUAACAAAACAUUUUAUCUUUAUGAUACAUUGAAGAAUUUUAAGUGACAUAGAUAGUAUUUGCAAAUACUGUGAGAAUGGACAGCCUUUUCACACAAAAUAUUUCAGACGAACCAGAGGAUAUACCACAAACAGAUGAACCAGUAUGGAUUCUUGGGAAAAAAUAUAAUGCCAUAAGAGAACUGGACAUAAUUCGUAGGGAUAUAAGAUCCAAGUUAUGGUUUACUUACCGAAAAAAUUUUGUGCCUAUUGGUGGUUACAAUUCUACAUUUACAUCCGACAAAGGUUGGGGUUGUAUGUUAAGAUGUGGUCAAAUGGUUCUUGGUCAAGCUUUAAUUAUAUUACAUUUAGGUAGAGAUUGGCAAUGGACUGCAGAAACUAGAAACAGUACGUACCUGAAAAUUCUAGAACGUUUUGAAGACAAACGAACUGCUGCUUUCUCUAUUCACCAAAUUGCAUCAAUGGGAGCAUCAGAAGGAAAAGAAGUUGGACAAUGGUUUGGACCCAACACAAUAGCACAAGUAUUAAAAAAAUUAGUUGUGUUUGAUGAGUGGAGUUCAAUUACAAUACACGUUGCUUUGGAUAAUACAUUAAUAGUUAAUGACAUUUUAAAGCAAUGUAGAGUGGAAGGAGGUACAACAGUGGAAGCUGAUGGUGCUGUACCAUUGAAAGCACCUAGCCAAUGGAAACCUUUAUUACUUUUAAUACCUCUUCGCCUUGGAUUAAGCGAGAUUAAUCCUAUCUACAUUAACGGUCUUAAAACUUCAUUCAAAAUUCCACAAUCUCUAGGAGUAAUAGGAGGAAAACCUAAUCUUGCAUUAUAUUUCAUAGGAUGCGUCGAAAAUGAAGUAAUUUAUUUAGAUCCUCAUACAACACAAAGAUCGGGUAGUGUUGGCAAAAAACUAGAAGAGGAAGAGAUUGAAAUGGAUGCUACCUACCAUUGUAAAUCUUCUAGUCGUAUACCUAUCACGGGAAUAGAUCCUUCUGUAGCACUUUGUUUCUUUUGCGCAACUGAAAAGGACUUUAAAUCUUUAUGCAAAUCUAUUCAGGAAGAAUUAAUAACACCAGAAAAGCAACCUUUACUUGAAUUAUGUGCAGAAAGAUUAGCACAGUGGUCACCAGUUGAAGAUAUAGCGUCAGAAGCUAUAGCAACUUCAACUUAUGUCUAUUUUGGUAUAUACUGUAUGCUAAAAGAUCUACUUCGCCGGGAACUUUUGUACGCCAUUGCAUAUCGUAAAUUUACAAAAAUGAACAAAAAUCAAAUUGAAUAUUUAAAUAUAAAAAAACUUGAUUAUAACUUUAUACAUUAUUUAUUUUAAAAAUAUGUUGGUAAUUCAUAAAGCUAAAAUUUAAAUCCAGGAGUGUAAAAUUUUUUUAUUAACAUAAGUAUAUGAAAGAAAAACAAACUGAUUUUUAUAUUGAUUUACAUUAUGUAUGAUUGCAUUAAUAGAUUUUCGAUUUUAUAAAAUUUAUAAUAUUAGCUAUGUUAAUAAUAAAAACUUUCACAAUUUCAAAGUUAUAUAAAGUGCAUAGGAACAAUAGAUAAAAUUUUAUCAAAAAUAUUCAAUGAUGUUUUAUAGUUCGAAGUUAUAUACAAUUAAAAAUUUUAUAAAAUGACGAAAAAUAUUACUAUUUCUACAUAUACUUAAACAAACUAUUUUAAUGUUAUGUUAUUCUAUAACAUAAUGGCUAAUAGUUGAAUUUGUAUUCAAAUUAUAAAUAUAAAUAUAUCUACAUUUUUAUAGAAUUGACUAAAAACUUAAAAAAAAUGGCUAGUUUAUAGCUUACUAAGUACUUGUUACAUCAAAAAUAUGAAAAUUUAACAUCAUGUGAUACCUAAAUAAGUAUACACUUUCAAACAUGGAAUUAAUUUUUAAUGAAUAAAUAUUUUGUAGUAUAAUAUUUAAGAUCAAUUUUGGCCGCACUUUAUAAACAGCAAAAUGUAUUUAUUUGAAUACUACAAAAUUUUCUGUAUUUCAACUUUUAUAUAAUAAAGUAAAGUAUACAAUUUAAAAAUAUCUAGUAUAUAAUUUUGUAUGUAUUAUAUGAAUAAAAAGAAUUUUGAUAAUAUAAAAUUCUCACAAAGAACUCACAAUUUCAUUAAUAUUUUGUUAGAAUUUGAAGAUGAUGAUAUAUUAUAAUUUAUCUCAUAUUAGAUAAUAUGACGUUGUAACUGUUAUUAAGUGCCCAAUAAAAACUUUUUGCUAACAACAUUAUUUAAAAAUUAGAACUAAAUUUUAUGUAUUUAUAUUAUACUUUUAUUACCUAUUACUUUCAAUGUACAGAAUUUUUUACAUUUAAACGAUCAUUAGUCAUUUAAGUGUAAAGUAUUAUAUUAAAUGUUAGUAGUUAUUUUAUGUAACAUAUCCAAAUGUGAUUUUUCAAAUUACUCAUUUACGAAAUUCAUUCAUUCAAAUUUAUACAAAAAUAAAUGUUAUAUGUUCACGUUUGUACAUCAAAAAUUUCAUUCUAGUAUAAUUUUAUAGUAUUAUAUGUAUAUAUAUAGACCAUUAUUACAAUAAAUGACAACAUGCAUAAGUAUAUAUGAAUUCUGUACUUGCUGUGAAAUAGAAAAAUAGAUAUUUCAGAGGAUAAAUUUAACAACAUAUCAUACAAACAUAUUUAAUUUCAAAAACAUACGAGGUAAAAAAAAAAUAUUGCACUUGUUUAAAUUUUAUAGAUAGAAGAGGGAUAUUUCAUAAGUAUUGUAACAUAAUAAAUAUACGAUGCAUAAAAAUGUAUAUGAUAUUAUAACAAAACAAAAAUUGACUUUAUAAAAAGGGAAACAUUUUAAUAAAGACUGAAACAUCAUAUUUCUGUAUUACACAAAUGAGAGCACAUACUUUUUUCCCCAAAUUUACACUUACUAUUCGUUAAUGAGUAAUUAAUAAACCUAGAAUAUCUUUGGAAAAAACAUAAAUUCGUUGUAUAAUUAAAAGAUUAUUGAUUCUAUUUGACCUCUGAUAUGCUGUAUUUACGAUCCUUCAAAUUAAUUA